GGUUUUAGUAGGCUUGGUUUUCUUCUUGGUUUUACAGGAGAAUUAGAUUUUCCACGGUGUAUUUCUCUUUGGAGGAUGACCAUCAAAAACCUCUUAAUUGAAUACGAUGCCAUCAACAGCGAGAACACCUUCACAAAUGGAGAUACCAUCAAUGGAAGAAUCAUUGUGGAGGUUUCUAAAGAAACUAAAAUCCAAUCACUUAUUUUUGUGGCAAAAGGAAAAGCUCGGGUUUGCUGGCAUGAACAUUACGGGCAACAUCAACAUCAUGUUUACUGGUCUGAUGAGAAAUAUUAUGAAGUCAAACAUCAUAUCUUGAGGGAAGCGAGACAAGAUGGCACUGAAGUCAUUGGUAAAGGAAGACACGUAUUUCCCUUUUCCUUCAAGAUUCCUGACAGAAAAAUCCCAUCAUCCUUCAAAGCCUCCAUAGGCAAAAUCGUUCACAAGUUGAGGGCAGAGCUUAAACAAUCAAUGAAGCUGACAAAAACGGCCAAAGUCCACUUCACAUUUGUUUCCAAAGCAGAUAUGGAUAUCCCUGGACUUAUGGAGCCUCAGUAUGGCAGCAAGGACAAAUCUGUCAAACUUUUUGGCUCAGGAAAUGUUUCAAUGGAUGUUCACACCAAGCGGAUGGGAUACAAGCAAGGUGAGGCAUUUCAAGUCAUAGCUGAAAUCAGCAACCGCUCAAGCCGUUCAGUGAAGCCCAAGUUCAUACUGUAUGAGAAAAGGAGUUUCUUUGCCCAGGGUCGCAGGAGAGUUUGCACAAACGAGAUCCUUAAGGAGAAGAUUGAGGCUGUUGCACCCUCUAGCAAAGAGACUGUGACCAAGGUGAUCUCCAUCCCCAGAGAACUAGCUUCCUCCAUCUUGAACUGCUCCAUCAUCAAGCUGGAGUACAGGCUGAAGAUCCAGCUGGAUAUCAAAUGUGCUAUUGACCCUCAGAUCAAACUCCCUAUAGUUGUCCUGCCUGAGGUUCCUGUUUUGAAACAACUACCUGCUCCUGCUGGCUUUGCAUUUGAAGCAUUUGGGAACCCAAACCAACCGACCUGGAGCACCAUGCCACAGCAAGCAGGAGCCCAACCUGUGGAUCUCCCACCUCCCUAUGGAGCACAUGCACUGUAUCCCUCCUUUACUGAUUCUGAAAAAAAUAACACUGCAUGGUAAAUACCUGCCAUAAGAGUAUGUCCCCGAAUUAGCAUUGUACACCUGGGACAUUUUUAGACUCGGCUGUAAUGGUUCAGUUGGAGACUCAGCCUCGUGCCGUUAUAGGCACUACAUUACAGCUUCAUCCUGCAAGGCUGAGCUUAACUACUUAGAAUUCAAACCUUUGUAUUAGUAUUGUAUUUUUUAAAUGUCAAUGAAAAAUAGUACAUAAAGUAUAUUGUAGUUGUAGUAGUUGGAUACUGUAUGCACUCCUUAUGGAGCACAAAGUGUUGAGAGAUAAUUAGAAAGAUGAAUUGCAAAUGAUAAAUUGUGUAAAAGAUAUAAAUGAAUCAAAUUG